CAAAGAGGAGGAAACCCCCCCGAGUCCUCUCGCUCGCUGGUUGGGAUGGUUCUCUGAAAGCGUCUCUGAGGACAGGCUGAUUUCUCUGUGUGAACACGACUACUUUACAAUCAUGAGCAAGCUAGCCAAAGCUCUGUACGACAACACGGCUGAGUGUGCAGAUGAACUUGGCUUCAGAAAGGGCGACAUCGUUACGGUGGUGGAUCAGCACGUGGCCGGCACCAGCGGGUGGUGGAUGUGCUCUCUGUAUGGACGCCAUGGCCUGGCGCCUGCAAACAGACUGAAGCUCUUACCACAAACCGGAACCACUGCAGCCCCCUUAAGUCUGGUUGCAGAAAAAUCCAAAUUAACUCAUGCCAGGAGUGAUGACAAUGUGCAAAAUAUCUACCAGAUCCCGAGCAUGCCCCAACCCACCAGCAGCCCUGCUUAUGAGCUCAUGGACGUGAUAUACAAGGCCCCAUCCACUCCUGUAUCAACAUCAAAAAGUCCCAUCCAAUCAGCACUUCAGCACAGCCUAGAUGGACAUGAAGCAAACAAGCUCUCAUUCUUCAACAUGGCAUCCAGUCCAAAAGGCGAGGUCUAUGAUGUCCCGUGCCAACCAAAACGAGCUUCUCUGUUCGCUGAAUCCACAACUCCCAAACAAAUGACCCGAAAUACCUCAAUGAUUCAAACUUCCGACCUGGAGAAGAGAUUUGAUUCUCCAGAGAGUUUAACAUGCAGCAGUCCAGGAGAGGCUUACGUGUAUGCGGUUCCACCACCACUGACUCAGGAUCCAAACUACGACGUCCCUGUUCCCUCAGCUGCAGAAUUCCACCAGAAAGUGAUUGGUGGAUACAGCACCCUGCCAAGCCCUCGCAAGCCUGAGUGGAUCUAUGAUGUGCCAGCAGUUUCACCACCAAGUCCACACCAAAACUCUUACGACACAUUGCCCUUCAGAGCCACUGGUGGCCAGCUCUAUGACACUCUUCCAGUACAUGCUUUACCCAUUCAAAGAGGCAAUCCAACCUCUUUACAUUAUGAUAUCCCCAAAUCCAUCUCUAUUGACAUAUCCAGUCAACCCAAAGUUUUACCACAAGCCCUUCUUCACAACGAACCCCCACAAGCUUCAGAAAAGUUGGUCUGUGGUGUGCUACACAACAAAGAACCUUUUACCCAAAACAGAAGUGAACCCUCUGGGGAUCAUAAACCUCUGGAGUUCAGGGGAGACUCAAGCAAUAACUUCAAAGUGAAGAGGGUGGGCAGGCAGCAGAUGAAGGACUUUCUGACCUCUGCACCUUUUCAUGAUGUUCCAGAAAAUCAGGAUUCGGUGUUGCAGGAGGAUGAGCGAGGUAGAGCUCCAUGUCUCCCUGCAGCAGACAAUCAAAGAAUCAGCAUGGCAUCCAGCUCUUCCUCCAGCUCAUGUGACUCUCUUCCUCUCAGCUCCUCUUCCCCGGAGCCUCAUCGGAAAGUGACGCUCAGUCAGGAUGAGGCCUGCCGGAAACUCUUGGACCUGCAGGAGUCUGUUUGCAGGGCUGUGCCCCAACUCAUGGUCUUUGUCAGCAGUAACUGGAGGUGUAAAGAACAUCUGGAGAAACACCACAAAGAGAUCAAAGAGGCAGCAGAGGGCAUUGCUUCCUCUCUGAUGUGUUUCCUAAAUUUUUCCUUGGAUGUUAAAGGCAAUGCACGCCGUUUAACUGAUGCCAACCUGCAGCGCAGGCUGAAUAAGCAGCUCUCCAUCAUAGAGGACUCUGGUGUGAUCCUACAACAAACAUUGAGUGUCCUGAACACAGCCGGCUGGCCGCUCACUGUGCUCUGUCAGGAGCCAGGCAGGGUCCAGUCACCAGAUCAACUGGAUCGUUUUGUUAUGGUGGCACGCACUGUUCCGGAUGACGUUAAGCGCCUUGUGUCCAUCAUCCACGGCAACGCAAAGCUUCUGUUUAAAGCACCCGAGUCUGUCAGGACCAAAAGUCCUGCAGAGACACAGAAAAGUCCUGAUACAAUUAAACAAGGAGGGAACGAAGUCAAGGAUGACGAUGACUACAUAGACCUGCAGACUAAAGAGGAGGACAGGCAGCAGGAGGAAGAGCAGAGGAAACCAAAAGAUAAUGUGACACCAGCCUCUGAAUCUGCCGAUAACCAGAUAAACCUCUCCGACUCCAGCAACAGCCCAGACCAUCAUCAACCCCCCUCCCUGUCGGAGCACAGCCGCCUUUACUUUGGAGCUCUUCAAAAGGCCAUUGGGGGAUUUGUAGGCAGCCUUCAGGACGGCCAGCCCCCAGAAAAAUUCAUCUCCCAAAGUAAGCUGGUGAUCAUGGUGGGCCAGAGACUGGUGGACACUCUGUGCAGGAAAGCCCAGCGUGGAGCAUCCAGCCAAAGCCUCUUGUGUAAGAGUAGCCACCUGUGUGCUCUCCUCAAGCAGCUGGCUGUGGCCACCAAGAAGGCCGCCCUGCACUUUCCAGAUAAGCAAGCUCUGCACGAGGCCCAGGAGUUUGCAAAGGAACUGGCCCAAAGAGCACAGCACUUUCGGAUAUCGCUGGAUCUCUAAGUGCAUGGAAGCAUCACAUGAUCUGAUUGGUUGGUGCAUGUCACCCAUCAGCCCGGUUCAUGGUGUAUGAAUUUCCAGCUUUGCUUGGCUGCGGAUUUUUAAAAGUCUGAUAAUGAAUGCGAUGGUUGACUUUAAUGUUUCAAAGCUAACAAAAAGGAUCUAAAUCGGUACACGGUGAAGUUCCAGCCCAAAAUUGCACAUUUUAGAUACUGUAUUCAAGCUCACUUUAAAAUACAAUGUGAGAGUGUAAAAUAGAACUUGUUUUAUAUUAUUUAGAUCAGUUUUCUAUUCUGUAGAUGUUGUUCAUUAUUCUGUUUUUGCUCUUUAAUGUAAGACGUCUCCAGAGCAGCAGUUUGGUACGUUCUGCUUUUUGUAAAUAUCUGUAUAAAUAUUCUUAAAAUGGUAAAUGGUCUGUACUUAUAUAGCACUUUUAUCCAAAGUGCUUCACAUCACACAUUCACACACUGAUGGUGGAAGCUGCCAUGAAAGGUGCUCAACCACAACCCAUCAGAAGCAAUUAGGGGUUUGGUGUCUUGCUUAGGGACACCUCUACAUGAACUCUCUGGGCCGGGAUCGAACCGACAACCCUUGGGCUAGGACAGGAUGACCACUCUACCCACUGAGCCAUGCCGCCCUGGCAAAAAAAUGGUGAUAUGCAUUCACCGCAUUUGAUGGGAAAAGAUUGUUGGAUUUUAUUCUGAAAAUAAAAAUAAAACCUGAAAUUUUUAUGUUGUUUUGUUCAUAUCUAUAGAGACAUUUAGCUGGCGUGACAGCCCUGUCAUGCUGGUUGGUUUUUAUUCAUUUUCUUGGUUUUUGCUUAUUUUGUAGGGAUUAGUGGGCGGAGUUACUCAGGAUGAUCAGGAACACCUGGCCAGGUCUGACAGUCUUCCCUUCCCUUCGCUGCUGGCACCAUGUUUGCUUUGGUUGACAUCGGGCCUCGUGAUUUGAUUUCUGCACCUGCUGAUAGCACAUUGCAGAUCUUUUAGAUUUAGUUAAACAUUUA